AUGGCAGAAGAUCUGCACGACCUUGCUGUGCCCGACGACCACGGCGGCCUCGGCAACGGGGAAAGCGAUCGCGUGAUGAAAGAACUGGAAACAGAAAUGGAGGAGCUGGACAAGCUGGAAGAGAUCAGCACCGCGCCUCCUACUCCCAAGUCCAACAUCACCCACCCCGCUGAGGACGAGUCUCACAUUGACCUUGCAUCCACCCCACCUGCCAGCUGCGGCACCCGGGUCUGGGAAGCCCACCGACCCUCCAGCCAGGACUUCGUCAUCUGGGAAGAUACUCCCGAGGAACAGGAAGCUGCUGAAGUUGCUGCUGACGACAACUACGUCGACGUCCCAGAUGAGGACAAGGAGAACAAUAUGACGCCCACGACUUCUGAGCUGGAAGAUGAGGCGGAGCAGGAGCAGGCCGAACACGAUGCCGAGCGCCAGCCCCUCGUUGACUGGGCCCAGGCAGGCCUUGGUCCUCGCGAUACUUUCAAUCUCCCUCUGAAUCACGAGAUGGCUCGUUCCGCCAACCAUGACCCGAACAUCCUCCCCAACGCCCCUCGUCCUGGCUCCCGUCGCCGUUGUCAUCUCCGCACCACUGAAGAUGAUUCCGACUCUGAUUAUGCUCAGCAGUCAGCGAUGCCACCUGAGAUGGUGCAGCCUCCACUGAUCACGGACGACAGGCAGAGACAGCCUGUUGCAGAGCGUACGCUCCUUGGAGCUCUGGGCACGAUGCAGCCUCGUUGGACCUUUAGGACUGAGUUCCGGCGUAUGCUGGAGCUGCAAAAUCGCCAGCGACUUGCUCGUCAGCGUCUUCGCUUGGGCUCUGAUGAUUUAGACCAGUAG